GGCGGCUCCGCUCCGCUCCGCUCGGCUCCGCGGGGCUGCGGCGCCAUGGAGGCGGUGGACCAGCUCGCCUCCGCGGGCACUUUCCGCGUGGUGAAGGAGCCGCUGGCCUUCCUCAGGGUGCUCGAGUGGCUUUUUGCAAUCUUUGCAUUUGCAACAUGCGGUGGGUACUCUGGAGGACUGCGCCUCAGUGUGGACUGUGCAAACAAGUCAGAGAGUGACCUCAACAUUGACAUAGCCUUUGCCUACCCCUUCAGGUUGCAUCAAGUGAAUUUCGAUGCUCCCACUUGUGAAGGCAAGCGCCGAGAAAAGCUCUCCUUGAUAGGGGACUUCUCCUCUUCGGCGGAGUUCUUCGUCACCAUUGCAGUCUUCGCCUUCCUCUACUCGCUGGCUGCCACCGUGGUUUAUAUCUUCUUCCAGAACAAGUACCGUGAAAACAACAGAGGGCCUCUAAUUGAUUUCAUUGUGACAGUGGUCUUCUCAUUCUUGUGGCUAGUGGGCUCAUCUGCUUGGGCUAAAGGACUGUCAGAUGUAAAGAUUGCGACCGACCCAGACGAAGUGCUGUUACUGAUGUCUGCCUGCAAACAGCAGUCCAACAAAUGCUUGCCUGUUCGCAGCCCUGUUAUGUCAAGCCUCAACACUUCGGUUGUCUUUGGCUUCUUGAACUUUAUCCUCUGGGCAGGCAACAUUUGGUUUGUGUUUAAGGAGACGGGCUGGCAUUCCUCGGGCCAGCGGCACCCUCCGGACACCAUGGAGAAGCAGUCCAGCAGCUACAACCAAGGUGGCUACAACCAAGAGAACUACGGGCCGGCUGGUGGCUACAACCAGCCGGGCUCCUACGGCCAGGUGGGUGAAUACGGCCAGUCCCAGAGCUACGGCCAGAGCGGGCCAACCUCCUUCGCUAAUCAAAUCUAGGGUUCCUGCAGCACGAGCUCUUGCAUCCCUCACAUGUAGAGAGUUUAACACGUCUCAAGUUUCAGUGGUGCCAGAUUUUUAAGGGUUUUACAUAAACUAAUACUACAACACGGUGUUUAAUGUCGAUUGAAGAUCUAAGCCUCCUGAGGCAGAUGGGAGGUGGCCGGUGGGCUGGAGUUGGCCUUUUUUUCCCUGACUAGCCAGAUACAGGGGAUAUGCUCAUUGCAGGUGGUGACCUGGAGUCGGUGUUGUAGUAUGUACUGUAGAGAUAACUUUAUGGUAGUUUUGUAUGUGCUAAGAUGGUAGAAGCAUUUUGUAGCCUCAAGUCUCUGUAGUAUUUAAUAUGCAUAAUAUAAUUGAAUUUCCUUCGCAUUUUGGUGAAAAACAGAAGUGUUUUACUAUUAUUUCUACAGAUUAUUCUGUAUAUCCAUGCAUGUAACAUUGCACCUAAAUUUUCAAAACUGCCUGUCUGUGACUCUUCAGAGCAUUUGUUUUGGUUAUACCUUUUUGUUUCAGAAGAUUUUACUAUUAUUUCAGUUAACUGAGUCAUCCGUAAUUUAGUGCAUGGAUAAGCAGUUUCAUACUACCAAAUGUCUGGACUGUAUAAAUGGAACUUCUCAACUUCUGCCACUACGUUUUGUUAAAUGUAUGUUUAAAAGACGUAUGCAUCUUUUAUAUAUUUUGCAGAGUUGAAUAUAUGGCUUACCCAAGUUCUGAAUGCUUUGUAACUAAAAUGUUUUUCCUUGAAAUGGCAUUCAGUAGUAUAUAUGGUACUUGACCAAUGUUUAUUCCAUUUAACUCAGCUAAGUAUUCAUUCUAUAAAUCACUAUUUCUAUGGAUGUUUUGUGAAUCUUUUAACGUGAGCUGUGGAGAAUAAGGACCAAGUAACUGUGUUAUAUGUUUACAAAGGUAUUUAUUUAACUAAGAUAAGAGGUGCAGAUAUCAGUAUACAAAACCAUGUGAAAAUGCCCUGUUGCUUAAUGCAGCAAAACAUGACAACCGCAUGUAUUGUUGUGACCUUACAAAGCAUAAAUAUUCAUUUAUACCCUCUUACAAUAAGAAAACCUUUCCAUCCGUGCUGUUUCAAGAUUGUUAGACAACCCUCUGUUCUGUCGCUGCUCUGAGCGCUAGCUUGGUGCUACUUGAGAAUGUAACUGGAUUGACCAAAUAACCCAGGCUUAGAGGAACUCAUCCUAAAAUAGCCGGAGUCAGACUUGUAGCCUGUUCGGAUUUCUGCCUGGGAAAUUCAGCCCUUCCUUACUACAGCAUAUGGGAUGCAUUGACACGAACGAAAGCCUGAAGCACAAUAUACUAAUCAAAACUGAUCAUCUGCAUUUCUAAAUCAAAGUGUAUCAGUAUAUAAUCUUAUUGUAUGAGCUGUAAUGUUGAAAGCAUCUUAGCUUAAAACAGCUUAGUCUCUUCUAUGAUUGUUGUAACCAAUUUAUGGCUACUCGGUGGAUGAAUCUAUAUUGUGAUAUCUACUUGACCCUAAUAAAGUUAUUGCAUACAA